AUGGCAGCUGCGUCGUCGCACAACAACAAUAACAAUCCAUCAUACCCUCGAUCCCCCGUUGACCCGUCCACUGACACUCCCUCAUACGACGAGUCACCCGUCUCGUCGGCUACCUCAGCGAAGCCGCAUGCGCCGCAGCAACAGUAUCUUGGCGGCCUGACUAGCACGACUCCUUCUGCUACUGUACCAAGGACGACCCCGGCUUCAUCGGUACCGGCUUCAGCACCUCGUCCUCCUUCACCACGAUUGCUGCCACAGCCACCACACCCACCGAGGAUCUCCACUCUAGCAUCAUCUCCGCCGGAGAGCCUUCUCAACCACCAGCCUUCUCACCAGAACUCAUUCCACUCAUACACGCCUGCCACAGCGACACCGUUCACCAUGGGAGGCCGAGACUCGCUCCCGUCCAACGACUCGGUGUCUGGGACGCCGGGCCCUUCGUCCAGUCACCAGCUGCCCUCAUCCAGUUCACAAGCCCAAAAGCGGGCAUAUCGCCAGAGGAGGAAAGACCCAAGUUGUGACGCCUGCCGAGAGAGAAAGGUCAAGUGCGACGCGACCGACACAACCAGCUGUUCCGAAUGCUCGAGCCGAAACGUAAAGUGUCAAUUCACCAAGGAGACGAACCGGCGAAUGUCUUCCAUCAAGCAGGUGCAGGAUCUCGAGAAGACGCUGGAUAAGCUUAAGCGGGAAAAUAUGAACCUGAAGCGAGCUUUGGAGACCCAGGGCCACGGCGUUCAUGGCCACGUUAACCAUGGUCUAGGCCGUGGGCAACCUCACAUGCCCAUGGACCGCAUGGACAUCGACAGCGGUCCUGUUUCUGGCAUGGGCAUUGAGCAGCUGCUUGCUCUUCUCCUUCCCGAAAUAGGUGCCGAGCCGAAGCCGAAGAAGAGACCCGUCCCGAUUCCGGCGCUCGCGCAAGCCCGGUCAAACAUCCGAAUUCCCGCAAAAGGCGUCUGGAAGCCACCAGCACAAUACCGACACUCGCCAGCUGGUCCGUCCAUCUUUGACUACACACUGAGACCCGAGUUGCCCUCGCAACAGACGACAGACCACCUGAUGCGCUGCUAUUACUCGUCGGCUCAUACCAUGACGCCCAUUAUUCACUGGCCAACCUUCCGGCAAGAGGUCGAUAAUCUGUACAGGCCAGGAGGAUUAUCACAGCAUGUACCUACAUCGUUUUUGGCCAUGUUUUAUGCCGUUCUGGCGAUGGGUGCUCUCUUUUCGUCAGAUUCGCACCGUUCCUUCCGGGCGGCGGAAUGGAUUGAAGCCUCCAGGAAGCUUAUUGACCCUUGGGGUAACGACUUUGUGCUGGACCAUGCUCGUUCACUGGUUCUCAUCAGCAUUGCCCUCAAUGAGCUCAAUCUAAAGUCCGCGGCAUGGAACUGGCUCGGAAACGCAGUCAGGGUGGCUCAGGACAUUGGCCUACACUCGGAUAUGGGCUCGUGGCCAUUGAUUGAGAAGGAGAUGCGAAAGCGUACCUGGUGGUCCAUCUACAUUCUUGACCGCAGUCUAAGCCUCGAGCUUGGGCGGCCCAUGUUGAUCGACGAUGUUGACUGCGAUGUGCCACUCCCGAUGGGGGUAGACGACCAUUUCAUUCGCGACAACGGCAUGGUCGUUCCCAAUGGCGCUGAGCCCCUUACUCACUCGCUGCUCGCCAUCACACACGUUGUACGAUCAUACACUGCCCUCGGCCGACUGCUUUCUUCGUCCGGAAGCGAAGGCCCAAUGGUCCACAACCGCAACGAGUUUAUGAGUCCAGCAAUCCCGCCCGCCCGUCUCGCGACAUUCGAUCAAUACUUCGCCUCAUGCCUGCGUACCUUCCCUCCGGCCUGCGAUCCAUCUUCCGGCUCCCCGCUCGCCCCAGUACUCCUCAACCCGCUGAUCUACCUGCUUCAUGCGCGACUCCUGCUCCAUCGCCAGAACCUCUCUCCACAAUGCCCGCCCGAAGCCCGCCAGCUGGCCGUGGAGCAGUGCACAAACAUCGCACUAGAGUCAGCCGCUUACCUGAAGCGCAUGACACCCACCCUUCCCGAGGGGGCCACGGCGCUCACGACCAUGCACAUCUUCCGGUGCGCCUUGUUCCUCCUGCUCAUCGGGCACUUGGACCAAGCUCUCUUGUGCAUCCGGGAGCUGGCAACAAUCAACACAAACAGAGAGGUUGCGGUACCCUGUGGGCGGUAUCUCUUGUUCUUCGUCGGUAUUCUGGGACAAAAGAGAAGCGAAUAUCUUCAGAGAAUCAUGAUGACUGGAAGCCCAGAACCGGCGCCAGUGAGGUUGAGAACUGCCCUGACAAGGGAUGAGGAGCUGAUUGCAUAUGUGAGCGCGGAUCUGCAGGCGCGGCCCGAUACGGCGUGGAUCUGGGCAGGCGGAGAGCAGGACCAUGCGGCUGCUGCAGCUGCGGCCGCGGCGGCUGGACGUGCAGUGGGGAGCACCAGCAGCUCAAGCCCCGGAGGAGCGAACGGAUUGGGAACCCUUUUCAGCGAGGAAGCCAAGAUGGGAUUGUCGAAGGAGGAAAUUACCGAGUGGAACGUGAACAAGGGCUGGACGAGGCUGGACGAAAUGGUGCGCGGCUUGGUCCACCCGCUUGCGGUACCGUUGGCACAGGUACCGAUGGUGCCAUCGACUUCGACCCAAACACCGACCUCAGCGACCAGACCUACGCAUUCGUUGGCUUCAACGCCAACAUCCGCUACCGCUCCCCAUCCCUCAUACGCACAAGGACCGCCGCCAGUAACGGUUUCCGGACCCCCUCCUCCUCCUCCCUUGCACUAUAGCCAUCAUGCACCACCACCACCACCACCUCAGGGACGCCAAAUGCCAUCGGUCCAACCCGGACCCGGCCCGCAACAACCACCCCCGCCAGGAAGCUGGGGCCAUCCCCCGAGCGGCCCGACCCUUCCUCCCCCGCAGCCAUCGCGAUCUCCAUACAUCCCUCAGCAUGGCCACCACCCACAGGGUCCCCCGCCUCCAGCAAAACCCCCGACACUCCCUAGCAUCUCACCGGCCGGCACCCCUCGCAUCAAGAGCGAGCCAGGGCUACCAUCGCUACCACCACUCGGAAGUGAUAGAGAAGACAAGCGGCCUAUCGGCUUGGGAAUCGGCGGUGGUGGUGAAAGAGGACCAGCAAGUGCCAUCAGCCCUUCCAACAGGGCAGCGGUGCUUCAGAGCAGCGGAGCCAGUGGACGUGGGGCGGGGGGUAGUCCGACGAUGAGCAUGAGCCGCAGCCCGACGAGCGCGACAACGCCGACGACAACGACUACGAUGCCGAAUGGAACUUGGAACCCGACGAACGGUGGGAAGGAGAACGCGAAUGGAAACGGAGCAGCAAGCAAUAAACCGCCGACGGUGAAGAGCCAGAGUCAGGAGAGGAUCAGUAUUGCCAAUAUCAUUUGA